AUGGCAAUCUGCCCAGAGAACAUCGAGGAACUCUUGCACCUCGUCCCGAAUCUGCUCGAAGAUGAAGGGUGGCAGAUUUGCCAUGAGUGUCCUGCUGGCAAGCUCUCGAAACAAAGUUGUCCGUGGGGUGGGCAUCUCGUCAGGAUGUCCUGCCAAAAUAUCCCGGUGAGCAACCUUGGAGACACGUCUCCGCUCUUCGUGCGCCCAGAGGCUCGGAUCCGGAUGUUACCUGAGCUGAACGAGGAGAGGUUUGAGGUCGUGAAGCAACUUGGAGCUGGCGAUGCUUGGGUCAGACGAGACGGAGAUGUAUACACACGUUUCUUCAAGCUCUGCAACGUGUUCUUCUCUUUGAAGCACAAGGACGAUGCUAGCCUGGCUUUCUUGUUCCCCACUGGCCUCGAAAUGGUGCUCAACAUGGUUCGGCACAACUAUGCAGAGAUCGGCGACAGUGUCCUGUUUGCCCGAAACCAUACCCGCACGUAUAUCGGCUUCGGUCACGCCCGCAGGCAGAAGGAGCCAGGCCUUGUGUCGAUUGCCUUGACGCUGACGGCGCCCACUGUUGCUAACUGGGUUUCGGUGCCGUUUGAAAGCGUGAUAGCCUCGGCCAGGGCUGUGAUGGACUGGUACGUAAAUCGCCCAGGCAUGGAGGAGAUGAGGCGAUUGGAUGAGCAGUUCUAUGUGGUCCUUACCAUACACAGCUGGCCACGGGGCCGACCUUUUCUGCCAGUUUUAGAGCAGAGUACCGGGGACGGUACUGGGGACACCGAGGACGUGACGACCAUCGAUGCAGGCCGAAGUCAAGGGCUGGCCCACUGGGGUCGUUACCAUCCCCGCAUGGUUGGAAGCAGCAAUUUCCUUCUCUCGGAGUAUCUCAUGCUCUUCUUGGAAAAGCUUGGUGAGCACGUGGACGUGUACCAGUCUCUGGAGGGAAAGGAGUUGCAGCACUACCAGUGUAUAGUUCCACACCACGAGUGGCAGCGUGUGAGGGACCGCUUCUACAGUGCCUACACGCUGCAGAAGUCGGCGUAUCGGCGUGCGAACGGGGGUCAAUCGGCACCCGGCAUGAGUGAGCACGCGGAGCCCCGCUUUCGCACAGACCGGGGCCUCUGUCUGCCGCAGCGUCUGUACAGGCCGGUGCUGACGGCCCCAAGAGCCCCGGCUCUGGUGGUCCACAACACAUUCCUGGAGUUGGAGGAGCCCGAGGAAUUGGGAACGGGUGAGUUCGAGAGAACUAGAUCGCUGUCGGCCUCACCGCGCUCCUUUCACAACAAGCUGGUCCUGGCAACCUAG